UCAUUGCCUAGUCCGUAGUAACCUAUAAUUGUAUUGUGGAAUAAUUAAGCACUUUCUGCUCAGUCUGAUUUGAUCUAUUACUUCCUCUCUGUCUCAGUUGUGUUCAUGUGAUUUUUUUCAUUUGUCCUUGCACUGUUCACAUUGUGAACAGUAUUAUUUCACUGAUGGAUAAACUCCCUAGAACAGCAGGAUGAUAGAAACAACAGUUUGUCUCUUGGGAGGAAUCAGAUAUCAGACUCACUAAGCUCUAGGUUCUGCCCAUAAAGCUACCUUCUUUACCUCCUUAGCCUAGUGUAACAUUGCUGUAAUCGAUUGCUGCGCCUUUCCCUAACUGAACACUGUUGAAGCUAAAAAAGAAGAGAAAAAAAAGAGAGAAUGAAAGCUCGUAAAUAUUGUCUGUUGUCGUCUCUUUGACUUGAUGAUCUUCAUUUCUUCUAAUUGGAUAAAGUAGGAAGUCGCUGGUAUCACUCUGUUGCUGGAUUUUAUUCAGACCAACCCUGCAGUGGGUGGGGGAGAGCAAUCAGAAGAGAAAGGAGAAACUAAGUGAUAUGGUACGUGACAAAGAAUGAAAAAGACAUAGGGCUACUGUGCAAAAUGGGAAAGAAGAUACAGACGCACCGAAGAAAACUAUAGAGGGAGUGAAGACAAAGGGAGUGACCAUCCAGUAUCUGUUAUCCUUAUUUUCUGGUCCUAGCAUAUAGCAGUACUGUGUGCAGUGAUGUUCACUGUGAAGGCACCUGCUGCUCUGCAAUGAUUCAGCCUCUUUCACUUGCAGCCUUAACACUACAGGAUGGUAUUGCUGCUGUCACUGCUGCCUCGUUUACUGCUGUUGCCGUUGUUACUUCCUUUUUUGCUAUUGCUGCUUCAAGACAGUUAUUUUCUACCAAACAGAUACUAUCUUCAGAUGCUGCAGGUGAGAGAACAGCAAUUUACUCUUGGUUAUUGGUUUACCUAACUAAAUGACCGCUAGCUAUGUGUGUCAUGCAGCCUCAUAGAGAACACGUCUGAAAGGGAGAGUGAAGCAUGCUCUUCUAAUUAAGGAAGGGCAAAGAAGACAAUAAGAUAUUAGAGGCAUAGCUGCUAUACCCUUUUUGUAGAUAAUAUUUAGUUACUGCUAAGACUACUUUUUGAUUUACUGGAUAAAAUGCAGAUGUCUUUUUUAGCCCUGCUUUUUCUGGAACACAUAAAGAUCCGAGGUUCAAUAAAGCAAGCUGCUUGAGAUUUAUGCCUUUAAGAUGUCUGAAGAUACUGCAGAGGGUUUGCAGAACCAGUGCUCUGAGCAGAGCUCAGACCCUCCCUCUGCUGAACUUCAAAAUGAAGAAAGCAUGCCAGAGACUCAAGCUGAGGAGGAAACGACCCAUGGGAUUGCAGGCCUUGCUAUUACCUGCUGUAUAUGCCUUGAGGCAGACAGGCUGAGAAUUUGCCUUAACUCUGAGAAGAUUUGUAUAAUUCCUAUCUUGGCAUGUCUGAUUAGUCUGUGUCUCUGCAUUGCUGGCCUUAAGUGGGUGUUUGUAGAUAAAAUAUUUGAGUAUGACUCUCCUACCCAUUUGGACCCUGGCCGCAGAGGCCAAGAUCUUAUCCUUUAUACUGACACAGCUACGUCCACUUUGGUGCCAUCCUCUGUUCAUACUUUACCUGUCCUUAUUCCUACAGCUGAUGCUAAGGCUACAGUUACAUUAAAAUUUGGAACUUCUCUUUUACCUAUGGAACCCACUUUACAGCCAUUAACACCUGAUGAAAUUUUACCAAAAGUUACAUCAGUUGGAAAAUCAGUUGAGCCUUCUACCCUAAAUCUAAUUGGAACCACAGAAAGAGGUCAUAUAGCUACAACCAAAAGGGGUGACACCACAGCUGGACCAGGUCACCUUAUUAAGUGUUCAGACAAAGAGAAGACCUACUGUGUCAAUGGAGGAGAGUGCUAUGUUCUCAACGGUAUAACAAGCAGCAACCAGUUCAUGUGCAAGUGCCCAAAUGAAUUUACUGGUGAUCGCUGCCAAAACUACGUAAUGGCCAGCUUCUACAAGCAUCUUGGAAUUGAAUUUAUGGAAGCUGAGGAGUUGUACCAAAAAAGAGUGUUGACCAUAACCGGCAUCUGCAUUGCACUUCUUGUAGUUGGCAUCAUGUGUGUUGUGGCCUACUGCAAAACCAAGAAACAGAGAAAAAAGUUGCAUGACCGUUUAAGACAAAGCCUCCGAUCAGAAAGGAACAACAUGGUGAACAUGGCGAAUGGACCUCACCAUCCAAACCCACCUCCAGAAAAUGUCCAGCUGGUAAAUCAGUAUGUCUCAAAAAAUGUCAUAUCCAGCGAACACGUGAUUGAACGGGAAACAGAAACAUCUUUCUCUACAAGCCAUUAUACUUCGACAACACAUCACUCAACAACUGUUACACAAACACCAAGUCACAGCUGGAGUAAUGGUCAAUCAGAAAGCAUGAUUUCAGAAAGCCACUCAGUAAUAGUUACAUCAUCGGUGGAAAACAGCAGGCACACAAGCCCAACAGGGCCAAGGGGGCGUCUUAAUGGUAUUGGAGGACCUAGAGACUGUAGUUAUCUCAGGCAUGCUAGAGAUACUCCAGACUCUUACAGAGAUUCACCACACAGUGAGAGAUAUGUUUCAGCUAUGACUACACCAGCCCGCAUGUCACCAGUAGAAUUCCAGACACCAAUCUCUCCUAAAUCGCCUUGUUUGGAAAUGUCUCCACCUGAAUCUAGCUUAGCCGUUUCUGUUCCAUCAGUGGCUGUGAGCCCCUUUAUAGAAGAAGAAAGACCUCUUCUUUUGGUGUCUCCACCAAGGUUACGAGAAAAGAGAUAUGACUUAUAUUACCACCAUCACCACUACAACCAGCAGUACAAUUCCUACCAUCACAAUCCUGGCCAUGACAGCAGCAGCUUACCGCCGAGUCCUUUAAGAAUAGUAGAAGAUGAGGAGUAUGAAACCACACAGGAGUAUGAACCGUCACUAGAGCCUGCAAAGAAAUUAGUCAACAGCCGAAGGGCAAAAAGAACAAAACCCAAUGGCCACAUUUCCAAUAGAUUAGAACUGGACAGUGACACAAGCUCCGAGAGCAGUACAUCUGAGAGUGAGACAGAAGAUGAAAGAAUAGGCGAGGAAACACCUUUCCUGAGUAUACAGAACCCACUGGCAGCCAGCUUAGAGUCCGCCAGUUUAUACCGACAUGCUGACAGCAGGACUAACCCAACUAGCCGAUUCUCAACACAGGAAGAAUUACAAGCAAGGUUGUCCAGCGUUAUAGCGAAUCAAGACCCUAUUGCUGUAUAAAAGAAGACGAAAAAUGACCUGUAAAACUUUAUUUUAUAUAAUGAAGUAUUCCACCUUAACUUAAACAAUUUAUUUUAUUUUAACAGUUCCGCAAUUAGAACAGGAAAAAUUUUAUAAAUUAAGUAUAUGUACAAAUGUGUUAUGUGCCAUAUGUAGCAAUUUUUUACAGUAUUUCAAACAAAGAGACAUCAAUGGUGCCUUUAUGUUAUGUUAUGUUGAUAACAAUUUUGUACGUCCCAUUAAUUGCUGUCCCACUGUAUUUUUGCUGAACUUUAUGACUUUAUUUUUCUUGGCUUUUUGUGCAUUGCAUCUAUGGUGUUGACUGAAUGUGUAGUUUUCAAGAGUUGCAACUAUUCCCUAUAUUUGCUUGUUGUACUGUAGCUUCCUGAUUAGCUAUCCCUGGAAUGCAGUGCAAUACUGUGUUCUCCUACGAUGGGUAGUGAUUUGCUUUCAGUACAGUAUAUAAAACAUAAUAUCUGAGCUGCCAGCCAAAGUUUUGCUUUAUGGGUAAAUGAGUAGGUUGAAGAGCAUGCUUCUGUUAACUACAUCAGGAUAGUGCAAAUAACUAACAUAGAAUACAUAAUGAAUAUACGCCUGCUACUGUGAAAACUGGCUAACAAAAAAAACUAUAAUUGUAGUGCUGUCAAAUUUUCUAGUUAGCCUUGAAAACAGGUUCAUGUACACUGAAGGCAUCAAACCCCCCUCCCCUAAAAGAAAGCUUUCCAAACACAAAUUACAUUUCAGAACUCUGAAUACAAAAAAUUAACCUGAUAAAGUAGAGGAGUCAUAAUAGGAGACAGAUACAUGAUUGGUGCAAUCACUUUGAACACUGAUCCUCUUUAUUUUUUUAAUACUUUGUUCCAUAUCAAACAGGGUGUAUGUAAGAGAUAUAAACAUUACAGAAAUGUAGCAACUGUCCACUUAUUAGAAAAGAAAAAAUACAAAAAAAAGAACUAGGAAAAAAAUUAUUUUAUACAGGUAUUCCAUAUAAAUUGUUUUUAUAGGAGGCAUAUAGUUUUUUUUAAUUAUUGCAAAACCUUACGAAGUCAGAAUUGGGCAUCCUAUUUUGAUAAACAAGAAAAAAAGGUAUUUAUUUGAAAAGCCCAUUUACUAUAUAGGUAAGCACGUUUGCAUUAGUUAGGCUGACAAAAUGCAUGAGAAUCGGUUUAGGAAUGUGCAUGAAACAGUGAUUAAAUGAGACUUGGUGACUAUUAAUAGAUUCUAUAGUUUUAGAUCCAUGCCGCAAAUAUUGCAUAUUUACACUAGGAAGGAUCAUUAUUUUGCAUUUUCUUUCCCCAAAAUGACUAAGCAUGAAUCUACCAUCAGUGUUCUGUUAUCUCCCAUUACUUUGAUUAUCUGUAUCAAUGGAAACAUUCUAGAUUGAAAGACAAUUUCUCUGGAAAUGUUUGGAAGAAUUAAAAAAUGUGAUUAUUUAUAGACAGUCUCUUUGUAGCAGCAACAUCUGGCUCUUGGUCUUCAUACCAUUUUCACUGUGAUACGCUGGGGAAUGAUGCUAUUCAGUUUACGUUUCCUCUGUUUCCUAACAAAGCUAGAAUGCGAUCUAAUUCAAUAUAAAAGGGAAAACACAUUUUGAAUGCUUGCUUUUUGAAAGAAUGAGACAAAAAAUGUCAGCAACUUUUUUAGCAUUUUGCUCUGCAUAACUAACAUUUUUAAUUUCAUUCCUUUUUUUCUGUUUUUUUUCUGCCAUGAAAAGUAUGUUACAAUUGCAUUUGUGGGACUCUCUGCAAAACUGACAUGGAUGAAAAUAGCCUGCUUCUUAAAAAAUCAGCACCUGUAGUUUUGAAGGGCAUAUCCCAUUCUAGUGCGUAGUAGCAAUUUCUGCCUCAUCAGCCACAUUGGCUUCUGUUAAUUGUAAUUUAAGGAAAAUGCUGCAGAGUAUAUGGUUACAACACAAUUGGCACAUAUCACAAAAUCCAAUAUAUGUUUUUUUUUCCAGCUGUGUGUGUAAAUACAUAUUAAUGAAUAUUUUACUUAUUCAGUUACCGUCUAUAAGAAGUUUUGUGUCAUUAGCUCUUUCCUAGUUUUUUGUGUAAAAAGUUAAAUAUAUGUUCUUAUUAUUUAUAUUUUAGCCUUUAAGCUAGGAAGAGAAAUUUCAAUUUAUGCUAAAUGUUUAUUUUUUUGUAUUUUUUUAUAGUUCAACAUUUUUUUCUGUUCAAAACAUAAUGUAUCUUUAUUUUCUGUUUAAAAAGUAAUUUAUUGUUGAGAAGAAAGAAUGUAUUGGAAAUUGGCAAAAGAAAGUUACAUGUUGCAAGGUACUGGAAAAACAAAAGAAUUUAUUAUCCCAAAUACUAAGCAAUAACUAAUUAUGAUUUCUAUUUCUUAUAUUUUUCAAUUCUCUAUCUGAAAAGGAGUUGACGAUGCAAUAAAAUGCUGCCGUAUAUAUAACCAAGCAUUUCAAUAGAAAGUGCUGACUUGUCAGCAUAAAAUAGGUCCUAAAUGAAUAUAGGUCUAGUUUUCAAAUAUUUGAUAUUACAACAGGUUUAACUUAUAUAGAAACAAUAAUCAAUAUAAUUGUUCUCCCCCGCAAAAGAAAACAUUUCUGGUCAUGCUGUGAAUCUCUGAAACUGUAAUUUGUAAAAGCCUUGCAUGUGAAAAUAUGUCUGAAUAAACUGUCCCUCUUUCCUGACUUGCUCAGUCUUGUGGUUUUGCCCUUCUGAAUCCUCACUUGUAAACAUAAUAAGAGCUGUUUGCUUUAGAACUACCUUUUCUCUUGCACACACAGCAUCCUUGCAGGGGAGAUUUUGAUAAAUGACUCUAGUUUGGUAGGGAUAUUAAAAAAGAGCAACGUAGGAAAUAUCCAAAGGGACACUGUGUAUGCAACCUGGUGGUUUUUAGUUCACCGGCUCUUCUAAUUGUCACACAAGUGAAGUGCUCAGAGGUAAAGGGAAGAUGAUCUGCAAGAUGAAAAACAGACACAUUUUUACCUGCAACAACCUGGUUAUUGCUAAGACUCUGCAAAAUAUAAACUACUAGUUGCAUGCAGCAUCCAACAUACGCAUUCAAUGGUUGUCAGACUGUUUAAAAAAAUGUAUAUAUGGGAUAAUUUGCUAAUAAUAAUUCACACUUGCAAAUAGAAAUCCAGCUUUUACUCUUUUUUUCUU